ACACUUACCUUAUCCAGAAAGGCAGGGUGGGCAAGGUCAGCGGCAAGCAUCGUGACAUCACAAGCGAGCUUGCUAACAUCUCCAACCGCCGCGUGCCAUUCAAGUGGCAGCGCGGGCGCAAGAUUGGCGAAGGGCAGUUUGGGAAGGUGUACACGUGCGUUAAUCUGGACUCCGGCGAAUUCAUGGCGAUGAAACAGAUUCGUUUUCAUCCUAAUGACCACAGCGAGAUAAAGGAGCUUGCGGAUGAGAUAAAAAACUUUGAGGGGAUCCAGCAUGACAGUCUCGUCAAGUAUUAUGGCGUGGAGUUGCACAGGGACGAAAUGUUCAUAUUCAUGGAGUACUGUGCGGAUGGUACCAUCUCGGACGUGGCCAAGCUCGGCCUUCCUGAGUCCAUGAUACGGGCGUAUACCAUGCAGAUCCUCGUCGCCGUGAACGUACUUCACGAGAGGGGCAUUAUCCAUAGGGAUAUUAAAGGUGCUAAUAUCUUCCUAUCCGAGAAUGGCCUUCUCAAACUGGGUGAUUUUGGUUCCUCAAUCAAGCUGAAGAACCGCUCCCAAACUAUGCACGGGGAAGUUAUGAACGUCAGGGGUACUGUAGCAUACAUGGCACCGGAAGUGAUAACUAUGGACAAGGGCGCAGGUUACGGCAGGGCAGCGGACAUCUGGAGCAUAGGAUGCGUGGUCGUCGAGAUGGCUGCCGGGAAGCCACCGUGGCACGAGUGUGACAAUAACUGGGCCAUUAUGUUCCGUGUGGGGGAUGGAGGGAUCCCCGCUAUACCCGAGACCCUCAGCGAGGAGGGACAGGACUUCCUCUACCACUGCUUCCUUCACGACCCGCGUGACAGGGCUACCGCUAGCGGGCUCAUGGAUCACUCUUUUGUCAAGUGUUGUUGAUGUAUGGCGUUAUCUCAAUCGUGGAAGCCAAAGAUGGGAGAAUGGGAUUUCUAAAGAUGGAAAAAGUGUAUCGAUAGGGAAUUGUUAACUUGACCUUUUAUAUCCAUUAACAAUUAUAAAUGGACUCAUAAGUAAUAAUAAUUUCUUAAUUGGCUGUCUAAGAAAAUAUAUAGCUAUGCAAGUUAUUUAGUUUAUUAGUUGUACAGUAUUUUAGUUGUAUAGUUAGUUAAACAUUUUAAUUAAAAAUCUCACAUUUUAUUUUAUUGUAUUUUAAAUGAGCUUUUCUAUGGUUUUCAUAAAUCUUACCACGCUUGUAUCUCUACAUUGAGUGUUUUAUUAUAAAAGUCUUUCUUGUUUAUAAGUGACACGAGCCAUAAAGACUUCAGCCGUUAUCAAUGCUGGGGACUUCAUUUGGUGGCCUUUCUUUGACCGACAGUUCCUUAUCAUAACCGUGAAUUGGACUGGCCAGUUACUCUGCCUGACCUUGACUUGCUGUGAUUUUGAUUUUCGUCUUCGUGAGACCAUGCUACUUUGAAUGACUGGCUUUGGCUUCGCCAGACUUUACCAUUACUUCCAAUGACUGACUUUGACUUCACCAUGACUUCCAGUGACUGACUUUGACUUCGUGAGACCGUGACUUCCAAUGACUGACUUUGACUUCGUGAGACCAUGACUUCCAGUGACUGGCUUUGAUUCACUAUACUGUACCUGGAUGUGGUUCCGAAUAACUGACUUCGUAUUACUUUACAAGACUCUAACUUCUCAUAAUAAUGACUUUCACCAUAAGCCAUGACUUUGACAUAAUAUUUUUAAUAGACUGUUUUAACUUUAGCUAACUAAGUUGACCAAAUUUGACUAAGUCUGAUCAUAAGAAUCGCAAACUGGUACUGAUCACCAUUUUCGACUGACGAGUCAAAGUGAGUAAAGGUCAGAAAGCACCAGCCAGUCAGCCCUGGUGACACAGGGACGUAACAGCCACUUUAUAUUAUCUCCCCAAAAGUGUUGUAAUAUCUUGGGCAAGGCUAUUUGUAUUUAUUUAUUCUUGUACUGUAUCGAUAUUGUAUGGAUUAACUUAUUUCAUACCAUUUAAACACAUGACACAUGAGUAUUAUGUCAAAUGUAAAUUAUUCACAUCUUUCUUGUCGAAGCCGAAAGUGCACUUGUCGACCAUGCCCCCGAAUUUUAAAAUCUCUCUCUUGCUUGUUUGAAAAACUUUCUUUUUUAUAAGGAAAGCUAUCUAGUCCAUAAUGAUUAUGAUUGAAAUUGAAAUCCGCUGGAACAGUUGUAUGUAAUACUAUCUUUAGAGUAAACAUAUAUGAAAAAGUGAAUAAAGAAUAAUUUUACUUUUGAA